AUGCCGACCUGUUUAAUCUGCGGUAUCAGAUCCUUCAGCAGCAGCGGCGGGCUGAAGCGACAUCUGCGAGCGUCCAAUGUAACUCAUCCAUACUGCGACAUAUGCGACAAGCUCUUCGGGUCCCUGCAAGGGUACGACAUGGGCUCAGCUGGCCUGAAGCAUAUGGCGUCCGUCCACCCCCGAGUACGCGGUUGCGGAACGUGCAAUGUCCGGUUCAGGUCCCACACGGCGUUGAGCGCACAUUACCGCGCAUCUGCUUCUCACCCGACGUGCGUUCCGUGCCGCCUGGGGCUGAAGGACGCAGUUGAACUGCAGCAGCACAAUUGGACGUGUCACCCACAAGUGCGCUGCGAACUCUGCGACAUGGAGAUCGACGGGCGCGCCGACGCCCUGCUGGCGCACUAUCUCCAAUCACCCUCGCACCCAACCUGCCAUUCGCACAAUCUCGGGUUCAAAGACUACGCAGAGUGGGUCCGGCACUAUGAAAGCGUGCAUAAAAUAGGCACAGGCACCUCGCCGUCCUCGCCGUCCUCGCCGAAGUCCACGCCUGCAUCCCCGCCCGCUUCCCCGCCUCUUCCCCCUUCAUCAACCCCUUCAUCGACGCCUACGCCUACGGCUACAGAGAUCCCCGAACCCCCCGUUGCAAUUGUCGGAACAUCCCCGCCAUCCGCGCCCGAACCUACCCCAACACCCCCUCCCGAACCGGUGAAUCGCCGACGUGCUACUCCGCCGCCGGUCCCUCUCCCUCUUCCGACUGUCCCGCCAGCGGAAAUACACCAACCGCGUCCAGACGACGACGAAGACCCUGAGUUUGCGUUUGCGUUUGCGUUUGAGGAGUCGUCGUCGUCGGCGUCUAGCCCGACCCAGAUACUGCAAGCAGACGCGGAGAGCCCCGACGCGACGCUCAAGUCCGUGGGUGUGGGCGGGUCCGACGAUGACGAAGAAAUGCACGGCCGCGAUUUUACAUUUAGUAUUACAUCGGUAACGCCAGCUUCGCCCCCGCACGACGCUCUGGAGGAUUCCGGCGUUGGUCUCGCAGAUUCCGGGCUCGUCGAAGCGCUGGCGCAGACUGCGGGCAGCAGCAAUUUGCGGAUUCUGAACGCGCCGAUGUUCGCGGGCGCGCAGGCGCAGGCGCAGCGGUCCCUCGGCGGUCCCCUCUCCCUCGGCGGUACGAACCCUGACCCCGCCGUUGAGGUUGAGGUUGAGGUUGAGGUUGCACCCGAACCCGAACGUUGUUUCACCCGGGCGUCGUCUCCGUCUCCGUCUCCGUCUCCGGCUCCGGCUCUGUCCCCACGGCCUCUUCGCACCAGAUGUGCCAGAUAUGCCAAUUAUCCGAGUACUUAUCCGAGUACUUAUCCGAGUACGCUGCCCUUCACGAAGCCCGCUAUACGCAUCUCGACGGCCUCGAGCCGAAACUCUGACUCGCCCCCGUCGUCGUCGUCGUCCAUCAGCGACAUCAGCGACAACAGCGACACCAGCGAGCCGUUCGCCCGAUCGCCCUCCGUCGCCGCGCCCGCGGGCUUAGCGACCCUGCCGUCCACCUCGCCCUUCGAACUGACGCCCAUCACCAUCCCGGAGCACUUGAAUACGCUCCUCCACCUCGCCUCGUCCCUCAGCCCUCCGGACGACCUGCUGACCCCGUCGUCGCUGUCGCGGUUUGGGGACUCGCCGCAGGAUGGGGAGGGCGGGUGGAAGAAGUACGGGGAUGGGGAGGGCGGGUGGAAGAAGUACGGGGAGAGUAUUAUGGCGGAGCGGCUGCCGCUGCCGGAAUCGGGGGCGAGCUCGGGGGCGAGCUCGCCGCGUGGAUGUGGAUGUGGAUCCGGGGGCGGUACGCGUACGAGGACGCGUUCGGGUUUGGAGCGCUUCUGCAAGUCCGAUGUCGAGGAUGUGCGCGAGGAUGGGACCACCGGCCCUCCCCCUCCCCCUCUCCGCCUCCGGGAUGCCUCCCCGCACACCCUGGUUCAAGACUCCGCACCCCAAAACUGUACCACGGAGACGGAGCCGCGCCUCCAUUGCAGGAUAUGCAAUAGGAACCCGUGCGUGGACAUCACGGCGACUAUGUGCGGGCAUGUCUUUUGCUAUAGUGUAGCGUCAAAGGACCCUUGA